AUGAAAACCUUGUUGUCAAUGAAUCGACAUGCGCACUGUGAGGAAAGCCAGAACAUUUUCAUCAUUUUAUCCUUAACUGUCCACCUUAGUAACAAAACACAUCGAGGAAACGUUUAAUCCGUCAUAAAAUCUUCCAUCAUUGCAGGUUAAAAUGGCGUCCCUAGAUAGACUAGUUAGUUGGAUUCAUAAGGAGCAUUGCAAAUUCCGGCUUUCUGAUAACGUAGUCAAAGACAUAGAAGACAUGGUGGUUAAUCUAGUGAGAGUUCUGCUUCCGGAACUGCUCAGACAUUAUCCCGGGUGUCGUUACUCUGUGGCGGAAGUGAUAGAUGCCGGAAGCUACUUCGAACAAACAAAAAUAGAACUACCGAACGAGUUCGACUUCAUGUUAGUUGUGGAACAGCUGUCAAGUGAGGAAGCUAUCACUGUAAUGAAGGGAUGUAGGGAGGGAUACGCGCGGGUCGGAGUGAUCAAUCCGGAAUUGUGGGAUAGGGCUACAGCAGACGAUGGUCCGGAGCGAAGGUUUGAGCUCGCUUUGCUGCAGUUCAACAUGUACGUACGGGAGACUUUGAAACUAGCUUUAACAGAACCUCUGACGGGCAGGUUUGGACAGCUCAGCAUGAAAGAUAUUACAGUUCGUGGGAAACCAUACAAAGCUUUCUCCCACGUUCAAACUCUGACACUGAUAUGGAAUUCUUUCACUCCUGGAAAACCCGGACAUUCAAGGAAAACGCCAUCCACAAAUAUGGAAGUACUGUAUCAACGCGAAAAUUCACAAGAAGGUCUGGAGAUCUGCGUGGACCUCAUGUCCUGCUGCUAUUUACCAUUGUCUGCAUUUGGCAACAUUCUCCCAGAAAAGUCGUUAGAAAACCAAUUCCUGGAGAAAAAUGGCUGCCACAUCGUCCUGAAGUCAUGUGAGUCUGGGGGAUGCAAGGAGAAUGAUAGACAAUGCCGAUUGAUUUCUUACACCAAGACGGAGCAGGAAUGCAUGAAGAAAAUCAAUGUUAGAUGGAAGGUCGUCUACAAGGUUCUGAAAUGGAUGUUCCAUUAUACGGGCGUUCUAGAGGUUGACACUUACAAGGUUAAAACAGCAGUAUUGUACUGUAGCUCAAAUUCCGGGCCCGACAGCGUCAUUUCACUGGAUGAUGGACUGCUAAAAGUUUUGGAGGUGUUGAGAAAUAGCGCAUAUAGCCAAAAACUUCCAGGCUACUUCAACUCCUCAUUGAACAUCUGGACGGUUAGUCCUUGUUAUCAGUACCUUGUCAAGUACGAGAUGAUUUUUCUCCUGAAAGUUUUCAACCAAAUACGGAGCAUGGCAACAGAGGACGACCAUGCUGGUUUAAGACAAAAUAUAAAAAUUGUGAAUUUGUGGCUCAACAGAUUUUGCUCUCACACUGCCGAGAUUUCACAAAUGACCAGGGGGAGGUCUAGUAGAUUACAGGCCUUCAACUGGCAGGGCAAUGUGUUCCUUGAAAUUAUGAAAGGAAUGGAACCUGCUCUUAAAAGCCAUAACUCGCUGGCCUGGAUUCCAUUCCAAAUGAAAUGUUAUGUGUUAUUGGAUGUUUUUAAAGUUCUGUCAUCCAUUUUCUUUGAGAAAAUAGCAAAUUUGUGGCAUCCAAGGCUUUAAAUGACAGGGUGGAGCACAGCACAAACUUUCCAAUCAUCGUGUCAAUUUGAUUUAAGCUUGUUUUAUACAACACUGUACAGUAACUUUGGGUGUGUUCGAGAUAACCGUCCUUCGCACGAGUAUAAAUAUUCUGUCAAUCCCGAACACCGAGUACGCAACCUUAGAACGGUUUCAAGAACUCAACCACCUCUGUAGGUAGUGUGGUCGAAUAACAAAGAACACAUUCGUGCUCACGUUCUUGUUGUCCGCGACUCAUUAAGAACGGAGCACGAGAACAACGGCAACGAUGAUCACGACCGCACUCUUUCUUAAAAUACGGGAAACCAAGAUCAAUCCCAUGUCUGACGCGUUUCAUACCAAUUGUUAAGGCUUUUGUUUACAUACUAAUUUUAACGACGAAUUAUAACGUUUACCUGAUCAGGAUAUAGGACUUACGGCGGGUGACCGGUCAACUGGGGAUGCUUACUCCUCCUGUGCAUCUUAUCUCACCUCUGGUGUAUCCAGGGGUCCGUGUUUGCCCGACUCUUUAUUUUGUAUUCUUUAUAAGAGUUAUGAGAAUGAUCACUGUUCGUUAUCUUCACUUUUAUUGUACAGUAACUUUGUUUAAAUAUGAGAAAUCAAACUUCAUCGCAUGCGGUUGUAAUUCAUCUAUUAAUGCACUAUGUAUAUUUCCUAAUGGUCUCAUAAAGAAAAUCUUCCAACAGAAAAAUAUUUUGAUUUCACUUUGUAUGUAAUUAUUCCUAUUUCUUUCUAACAUUGUUAAUGUAUUUUGGUAAGAAAUAUGACAAAGAUCCAACCAAUGGUGAAAAAGGUACACACUGUAUACAAAAUGUGAAAGAUAAAAUCUAGAACCCUUUUAUCAAGACAUUUUUACACUAUGUGAAUCAUCGGUUAAGAGAGUGUUAAGUCAUUUGAAAUCAAAACCUAUUAUUUGUGUACAUGAAAUAAAUAAAAUAUAUAAAAGCAA